CGUACGUCUCUCUCUCUCUCUCUCUAUCUAGCGGGAGAGUGCGCUUUAGUCCGUGAAACGCGCUCUCGGAUUCUCGACCUGCACGGGCUCGGGCGCUGAGGGACACAGCUCGCGCCUCCUCUUUUGGCUUCUUCACCCCGAUGAGCGUCGAUGGAGGCCGCAGCAUUUCGCCGCAGGAGGUCCAAGGUCUGCGUCGCUGAUCGGAGCUCCGGCCACUCGGUCUCGUCGCGCGGAGGAAACCGGCAGUUUCGAAGACCGAGAAACUUUGGUAUAUUGGCCUCUGAAUCUAGCUCCGAAAGUAGUGAUACUUCAGGCGAAGACUUGAUCAUGCUGGAUUUACGUUUGAGAUCUAGCAAAAAAGCUGCCACCACUUCUGGUACUCCUAUGAAGAAAUUAUUAGCCAAUGAGAUGUUGCGAGAAAGUGGAUCCAAGAGACAGCCACCUAGUGUCAUUGCAAGAUUAAUGGGUUUUGAAGGCUUGCCACUUCAGCAGCCUGGUCAUAAACAACAGAAGAGAUAUUUGAACGAUCAUCAGUCCGGGAGAAAAGUAGAGAAAGCCGAAAGGAGUAGCGCGUGUUCCAGCCGCCGAUCGUCUAGGAAAAGCUCGAAGGAGGAGCAAGAAUUUAAAGACGUGUUUGAAGUUUCCGAAAUGUCAAAGUUACAGGCUAAUAGCUACUUACCAAAAGGGACUGUGAAGUCUGCCAUGACUGAAGCUGAAAUGGAAUUUAUUCGCCAGAAAUUCGUUGAUGCGAAACGUCUUUCGACUGAUGAUAAGCUCCAGGAUUCGAAGGAGCUUGAUGAUGCUCUAGAGAUACUGGACUCAAACAAAGAUCUCCUUGUCAAAUUUCUGCAGCAACCAGAUCCAUUGUUCACAAAGCAUCUGCAUGAUCUUCAAGGUCCCCAGUUCCAAUCACAUUUCGGUUCAAUGACGGCUUCAAAAGUUCCAGAAAGAACCAGGAGUAUAGAUUCAAAAACGGGGAGAGAGAAUCUCCCGAGAAAAUGUGGCAGAUCGCCGAAGAUUUAUCUCGACAAGUUUAUUGGUAAUCCACCCAGCAGUACAGCUCAUAAUACUCUCAAGUCGUCUAAAUUAGAGGGGCAAGUGCUCUCGGAUAUUCUUCCUACCCAGAUUGUUGUUUUAAAGCCAAACCUUGGGAAGGCACAUGGUGCUACCAAAAAUAGCCUGUCUCCGACUUCACUUUCGUUUUCUCCUGACGCGAGGACUCACCCGGAGUGUCCAAGUUAUAGGAAUAAAGAUAAAUAUCCGUCAGGAAAGAAAACCCAUUUUUGUCCCGUGGAUACGGAGCUUAAGUCCAAAGACUCACGAGAAAUUGCCAGAAGAAUUACUCGGAAAAUGCGGAGCAGUUAUGGUUCUGGUUCGAUCUAUAUAGCGCCUGUCCAAUCACGGGGCUAUGCUGGAGAUGAUAGCUCAUCUACCAUGUCUCUGAGCGACUCUGCAUAUGAUUCAGAUACGACUGCAUUGACGAACGUGACUGCAUUGACGAAUACAAAGUCUGUUAACUGUAAAAGCCGAUAUAAACAUGCAUCAUCUUCUACUGAGUCAUCUGUGAGUAGGGAGGCAAAAAAGAGACUCUCAGAGAGGUGGAAAUUGACUCACAGGUCUCAAGAGAUUGGAGAAAUUAGCAGAGGUAGUACGCUGGCUGAAAUGCUUGCUAUUCCUGAUGGGCGAGCGAGGAGUGCAGAUUCAGGUCGAAAAAUUGUCCAAGAAAGAUUCAAAACGGAGUUUACUGGAGACGAUGCACCUGCGAGCUGUGUUGAACCUUUGGGCAUCAGCAGCAGAGAUGGGUGGAAGGAUGUGUGUGUGAAUAAGCUAUCAAGAUCUAGAUCUCUUCCUGCUUCAUCUGCUGUCUUUGGCAGUCCUAAAAGUCAAGCACCUUCUGAUUCUAGGCACUGUAUGGCUAGAGAGAUGGUGAGACGGGACAAGAUUAAGACUGUGAAGGAAAAUUUCGAUGUCAGAGAUAGUUUUGUCAACAGAAAGUUCACAUCUAAACAUAUUGAACGUCAUCCUCUUCGCUGCAGCAGUGGUGAGAGCAGUGAUACUUCAUCAGAGUAUCAUAUGACUCAGCAUAAAAGGAGAAGUAGCCUCAAUGAGAUCGAUCAGCCUGAACAGAGCCUUGAUUCUGAGGCAUUUGGGGGUGUGGUUCAUGGCGGUGUUGCCAAUAUGGGGUCAAAGAUGGUAAUCUCGCUUUCCGAACCUUCAAAUCCAGAGCAUCCAUCGACUAAAGUUAGCUCUGCUGUCUCAUAUGUAGAUGAUGUCCAGGAUCCAUCUAUCAAUCCAUCUAGAGGGAGUCCAGAACCUGUAAUUCAUACAGUACCUGAAUCUGAAUCUUCUGCAAGUUCGAAGGAGGCAGAUCAACCCAGCCCAGUUUCUAUUUUGGAAGCUCCUUUUAAGGACGACCUCUCAUCGGGUUCGGAAUGCUUUGAGAGUCUGAGCGCUGACCUUCAUGGGCUUCGCAUGCAACUGCAACUACUCAAACUGGAAUCUCAAGCAUGUACUGAGGGAUCAAUGCUAAUCUCUAGUGAUGAAGAUGCUGGGGAAGGAUUGAUGCAUUUCUCAGAAGAAAGAGGACUGUACAGAACUGGAGAGAGCUGGGAAUCUUCCUAUAUUACCAAUGUCUUAAUAGGCUCAGGUUACGACAAUUCUGAUCCCGAAAUGUUCAUUGCAAAGUGGCACUCUCCUGAGUGCCCCGUGAAUCCGCUGGUGUUUGAAGAGCUGGAGAAAAGGUACUGCGACGAAAGCUCCUCAAGGUCUGCAAGGAAGCUACUCUUUGACCGCGUUAAUUCGGCUCUCGUGGAAAUUUACCAGCAACUCAUGGAUACGCACCCAUGGGUCCAUCCGGUGGCAGCAAAGUUGGAUUUUAAGUGGGAUAAAGACUCGCUCCAGGAUGGUCUGAUCCGAAUUCUGACAGGCCAAGGGAAGAAGGGCAGCAAAGGAGUGCUUGAUAAGUUCUUAGCGAGGGAAUCACCAUGGUUGAACUUAGGAGAUGAUAUAGAUGUAAUAGGUAGGGAAGUCGAGAGGUUAUUGAUAGAUGAUCUAGUAGCUGAAGUACUGUCUAUGUAGAGAACUUUCAUCAGCUUAGGAACUUCCGUGUAUGCAGAUCAAGCUAUCAUUCCGUGCCAUAAUAAAGUGAACAAAAUUUGUAAGUUCUUAA